AUGUCGCUCCAGCUCCGGCCGGGAGCUCCGGUCUUACGCGCCUCCAGGAGGACGACAACUGCAUUAUCUCAACACGUACGAUGUGCGCAAAGCAUACGGAAAGACACAUUAGACGUGAGGAUAAGAUGGCAGCAAAGAGCUCUCUAUCACUCCACGGACCCGAGGUCGUCGGCCUUUGGCGCAGCCGUUGCCGUGGCCAAGAACGCCGUUAGCAAUGCGAUAUCACGAGGGAAGCCCAACGACGUCAGCAUCGACCCUCUGAGGAUUGUGGCCAAGGAGAUGAAGUUCUUGACUGGCAAUAUCCGAAAUCUUUUGGGAUCAGGGCACCCAUCCCUCGACAGAGUCGCAAAAUAUUACACCCAAGCCGAAGGCAAACACAUGCGCCCCUUGAUCGUGCUACUGAUGUCGCGAGCUACAUACCUCUGUCCCAAGGACCCUAUACCGCCACCGAACCAACAGAAUGCCUCACCAAUACAGUCAAUACCUAUCGACACCUCUAUAUCCCCUCUGUCAAUCCUCCGCGACGUGAACCCAUCCACCAGAACACCAACAACCGCAGAGACCGACGCCACAUCCGAGACAGACAUCCUCCCUUCCCAGCGGCGACUCGCAGAGAUCACUGAGCUCAUCCACACUGCUUCUCUCCUACACGACGACGUCAUCGAUCACUCAGUCUCCCGCCGCGGCUCUCCCAGCGCAAACCUCGAAUUCGGCAACAAAAUGGCCGUCCUAGCCGGCGACUUUCUUUUGGGGCGCGCCUCUGUCGCCCUUGCGCGCCUCCGAAACGCCGAAGUCGUCGAGCUGCUGGCUACGGUCAUCGCGAACCUUGUGGAAGGCGAGUUCAUGCAGCUCAAGAACACAGCACAGGACGAGGCGCGGCCGCAGUGGAGCGAGGACACCCUGGGCUACUACCUCAACAAGACAUAUCUCAAGACGGCUUCGCUGAUCAGCAAAAGUUGUCGCGCGUCAGCCCUGCUAGGCGGAGCGAGCGCUGAGACUGUGGAGGCGGCGUAUGCCUAUGGUAAGAACCUGGGGCUGGCGUUCCAGCUGGUCGACGACAUGCUGGACUACACACUGUCUGCCGCGGACCUCGGCAAGCCGGCUGGGGCGGAUCUCGAGCUGGGUCUUGCGACUGCGCCUUUGCUUUUUGCAUGGAAGACGAGACCAGAGCUAGGGGAGCUGGUAGGGAGGAAGUUUGCCGGGGAGGGUGAUGUUUUGAGGGCACGACAACUCGUCCUUGAAACAAACGGCAUCGAACAGACACGAGCAUUAGCGGAGGACUAUGCCGAGAAGGCCAUCCAGAGCAUCAGCGAUUUCCCCGAAAGCGAAGCCAAGGAUGGAUUGGUCGAGAUGGCUGUGAAGACGAUCAAGAGGCGGAAGUAG